AUCGUCGUCGCAAGUUGCGUGCUGAUUCCUCACCAGCGCCAGAGAUCUCGAAAGCGCCCUGUUCUUGCUGUCGUUCUCUGGAUCGGCGACUCGGGCGGGUGGCCAAUUGAUUGGGAGUGCUCGCGAGACCGCUUCUUUGAGAACAGCACAAGCAUAUGCAUUGCACCUGUGUAAGGUUCUGCUCCACAGCUGGAUGAAGGAAGAGGGAGGCGAUAGCAAACAUUUACAUUAUGAAAUUUCGAUGACAUCGAUCCUGGACUUCAUUUAGAGCAGCAGAUUUUUAUGGUGUUGGAUAAAUAUGUGGAAGACAGAGGAUCAAAAAGAAUCUUAAGUAUGGUUGUCAUUGUCACUCUCGUUCCUGCCCUUUGGGUUGUUUGUGUUUACAAGAUCCCAGGGGCUGAACUCAGCCCCACGUUUGAGAGGUUUUCCAAGUGCAAAUGGUGAAUCGACAUGGAUUUUUAAAGUUGCAAUCAGAAUGGCAACUAGGAUCUGAAGGACCCUGAACAACUUAAAUCUGAAAAAAGCACUGACUUAUCAAUUUGGGUUGGGAUCCAGGUCUAACACAGAUCCCAGUCUGCCUUAAAAUGAAGACUAAGGCUAAUUUCCCGAAGAAUUGAUGUUCUUUUUUUGGUUGCAAAAGUUCAUGAUAUUUUUUCUAUGGGAUCAUUGACCAGACUAGUGAUGAUUUGUCAUUCACCUUCAACAAGAUGCAUGGAUUCUCCACUGCUGAUGGCUUUGUGGAGAUAACUGAAAGCUUGGCAGAGAUGAUCAAGUAUGUGGCGAAUGAACCUUCAGUGGGGCUAUUUUACAUGCUGCAGCACACCCAGAAUGCAGUGCCCAAUGUUAUUAGUCUCAAGAAUAAUGUUGCCGGGAAAUCACAAAUAACCAAUCUGCAUAUCGAGGACUUAGAAGAUUCUAUUACAAUGAUGAGGUCAAUGAAGGAUUGUGGGAUCCCCAUUGUUGAUGACAUGAUUGGUGAUAUCAGCAAAUCUCUAGCAAUUAUGUCGGCGAAACAGCCUAAAAAAGGAUUGAUACACAACCAAACCUCGGGUUUUGAAAUGCGAAGAAUUAGCUCGGCAGGGCCAACCACUUGGGGACGAUCUACCAAAUUUGACCCUCAAGAUGGUGAAAGGAGUGGAAAUUACUUUUCCAACGUUUUAAAGUCGGCGAAACAAAGGGCGAGCAAUUUUAAGUGGUCUAACCUUGAUUCCCAAGACCCUGUGCAAACGCAGGGUGAGAAACAUUUGAUUUAUACUCAUGAACCAUUGUCAGUUGCAGAAACCAGCUCAAGCUCGACUCUGCCAGUGGUCGAGUCUGAUGAACUUCCAUUAUCUAGUGAGGUUUCUGAAGAACUGCAAGCAGAGGAAGGAGGAGAAAGCCACACUACUCUCCACUUGCCAAGUGAUAAGGUAUUGCCGGUGUCAGAAGACUUCGAGAGUUUUAAAGCUAAUAGAGAAGCAAAAUUGGAGGAGUGGCUGGGAGAGACUGGUCACCGUAAUAAUUGCAACGGAGCGACUAAUGUGGACCCAGCUUAGCUUGAUUCGCCGCUGUUUAAAAUAACCGCCCUUGUGCAUUUUAUUACUUGGGAUGUAAAUAUCUGUCCAGAUGAUGAUCAGUAUUGACCGAUUGCUUGCUUGCUAUGAGAAAUACGUUCAUCACUGUCGUCUUUUCAGAGAGAGCGCAAUACAGAUGAUUCAAGGCUCUCCUACAGAGAUGAAGAUUGCUUUCUCAAGGCAGUUUCAGAGAAAUGCAGACAAUACUUGCGUCGGCCAGGCAACUUAUCAGCAGCAACAGUCGUGCAUGUAGUUCCAUUUUCUUGGUUCCUAACAAACAUCUUAUGGAUUCCUAGAUGUAGAACUGCAUCAGGAGUCUCCCAAAACUGAGCCUUUUUCUUUUAUCUUCUUGUGAAGUAGGUUGUAUAUUUUUGGCUUGCUUAUAACAGUUUCUCCUUUGUGAGGAACAAUGAGUGAGGUGAUGAUCUGUAGCUUGUUGUGGAAUAAAUUUCCAUGUACU